UGAAAAAAUGCGCGGUGCGCUCUGACGAACCAAGCCCCAGAGGUACCACUGCGUAAAACGGGCGGAUCUUAGGACCCGUGGAUGCAUCCGCGGCAGAAUAAUAAAAGUUGGGAUGUGUGAGCUGUCGACAAAGCAGUCUGUGUCAAAGUGUGUGUGCAGCCGGUUCCUCCUCCGCGGCUGUGAGCAGACUGCGGCAGCAGCCAGCUGCGCAGCUGGGCUGCGUUCACGUGCAGGAGGAGGAGUGUGCACUCUGUCCGCGGUUUCCGGAAGAGAGGGUGUGAAACAUGGGACGUGUCUCGGGUCAGCAGCUGAUCCUCCCUCACACCUAAACAAGCAGCUGCCUCCCGGACUGUACGGCUGAACGGCCCGCUGGAGAGGGGGUAGCAGAGGAGCGACGCGCAUCCAAACGGGACAUCCCUCCCCGGGAGUGGAACACUGAAGGGGCUCGAUUGGGGAAGCCCUGACCUCCAGGACCACAGGCUGGUCUGGGACUGGUUGGCGCUCCUGGCUGUUCCGGGGUUCUCUCUCUGCCGAUUGCUCCACCCUCGGCCAUCAUGGCGAUGAGUGGUGACCCCGGUUGCGAGAGGCUGGAGCCCAACUCUGCCGCACAGGCAAGCAGUCUCUCAGACUUCAUGGCUGCCAUGACAACAAAGGACACUGACGGCUCGGCUGCCAAUGGUGUGAAAAACAGCCAGGCUCAGCAGUGCGGGAGUCAGACCAAGAGGACCCAAGUGCUGCGGCCCAACCUUACCGGCAGGAAGCUGUCACUCCAGGAGAGGGGCUAUUAUCCACCAUCAGGGCAAAUGCACAUCUCUCCCCGUGUCUCUCACAGGCCCACAGUGGAGUCUAAACGGGUGUCCAUAUCAGACUCUCAGGACUGCAUCCAGCUGAACCAGUACAAGCUUAAGAGUGAGAUAGGAAAGGGCUCCUAUGGUGUGGUGAAGCUCGCCUACAAUGAAGAUGAUGACAAACAUUAUGCCAUGAAGGUGUUUUCAAAGAAGAAGUUAAUGAAGCAGUGUGGUUUUCCACGCCGCCCUCCCCCCAGAGGACCAAAGGCAGCUCAAGGGGAGCAGCCGAAAAUCUUAGGACCCCUUGAGAGAGUCUAUCAGGAAAUCGCCAUCCUUAAAAAACUGGAUCAUGUCAACAUAGUCAAGCUGGUAGAGGUGCUGGACGAUCCAUCAGACGACAACCUCCACAUGGUGUUUGAGCUCAUGCCCAAGGGUCCGGUGAUGGAAGUACCAGCAGAGCAUCCUUUUUCUGAGGAACAAGCUCGCCUUUACUUUAGAGACAUCAUCCUGGGAAUAGAGUACUUGCAUUAUCAGAAGAUUAUCCACCGGGAUAUCAAGCCUUCUAACUUGUUACUGGGCGAUGAUGGUCACGUGAAGAUAGCCGACUUCGGAGUCAGCAACCAGUUUGAGGGGAAUGAUGCGUUACUGUCCAGCACCGCUGGCACCCCUGCCUUCAUGGCACCAGAGACCCUCUCAGAGAAGCACAAGAGCUUCAGUGGAAAAGCACUGGAUGUGUGGGCCAUGGGAGUCACUCUCUACUGCUUCGUCUUUGGAAAGUGUCCAUUUAUCGACGAGUACAUACUGGCUUUGCACAAUAAGAUAAAGACCAAGCCUGUGGAUUUCCCAGAAACACCAGAGAUCAGUGAAGCGCUGCGGACUCUGAUCUUGCGGAUGCUGGAUAAGAACCCCGACACCAGAAUCACCAUCCCUGAGAUCAAGGUGGAUCAGUGGGUAACCAAAGGGGGCACUGAACCUUUGCCCCUGGAAGAGGAGCACUGUUCUGUGGUGGAGGUGACGGAGGAGGAGAUCCAGAACUCUGUGAAGUUUGUUCCCAGCCUCUCUGCCGUGAUCCUGGUGAAGGCCAUGCUGAGGAAGCGCUCCUUCAGUAACCCGUUUGAGAGUCCGAGCAGGAGGGAGGAGAGGUCCAUGUCUGCCCCCGGCAGUCUGCUCAUGGACUCAUGGCCCCUCCGGCCCUCUUUAAAACUCCACCCCUCCCGCAGAAAGAGCAGCGGAGGAGACGGACCCAGAGAGGGGGAGCUGGAGGACCUGCACGAAGACGAGCCCUUUUCUUGAGUCUUCAUCCUUACCGCCGUCUGCUUCACAUCUCCACUGCUUGACCAGGAAUGCGCUCCGGUCUUCAUCCUCACAUUUCACCAACUCCGUUCUAGGUCAACUAUGAAAGCAUUUUAAAGCUCACACACUCAUGCUUCACUCAACCAUCAGCUGUCAAGCCUUCAGUGGAAAAACUCUGGACAUUUAAUUUAUGGUUUGGGAAAAGCUGGUGCGCUAGCUUUCAUCCUCAUGCAGAAGGUGGAAACUGAGGUUUAGACUGUCUGCAUUCAGCCGUGAGGAAAGUCAUUUCCUCCUCGGCAAAAGUGGCAUUCAAAUGGGAGAACUACAGGGAUCUUCUUUCUGAUCACACCAGUGAAGUCGUGCGCAGACGUCUCUAGCACUUUUCUUAUCGUUGUGCCAUUGGAAGCCAAAUCUGCCUUUACAGACUUUGGACGGCAGAGCUUCUGUGGUGGGAGGAAAAGCACAAACGCAAUGUGAUGACGUUGCUGAUUUAAGGGUUAUUUCAUGCUUUUCCUCCAACUGUGUCAUGUCCUUGUUCACUGUUGUGUUUUUUUUAAUUAACAUUGGGGCAAAAAACUAGAGAGUUUUAAAGUAGAUCUUAGAUGUUUACUGUAAAUGAGAUGAGAGAAUGUCUGUUCUCCAUACUCAACCUGACUGUGAAACAUAUUAUUUCAAGACACGGUAGAAUGUGGAGCUCCUUUUAAAGCAUGAGGAGGAAUAAUAAUUCCCUACAGGCUUUUCACUGAAGGGUAUAUGCUAAUUCUAAAUAUCCCAACACCUUUAUGCCAGUGUUUUUUUUUUUCCUGCUCGAUUAAGAAGAUGUAUUGAGAGUGAAAGGCUCAAAUGAGUCAUAACAGAUGCUUGAGGUCCUCAUGGACCAUCAGGGAGGGAUAAGCAGACUUGACUGCCCUUUUUUAGCAUCACGAGAAGCAGACAAAACCAAAAGAAAAAGAUGAACAGAUAUUACCUUUGAAACCAUUUUGUUUUUACAUGUUGCCAAGGAUCCGGAUCUGCUUGUAAUUCCUGAACAAUCUCUUCUCGAGGCGUACAAAGAUGCAGUCGAAAUGUGAUGCUCUCACAGUUAGGUAUUUAGGAAACACUGGAAUUGGAGUUUUUAAAUUUUAGGUCAACAUGUUCCUGAAUUUGUGUUGGAGCUCCUCUGUGUGUAGUCAUGGCAACGGCACGCUCCUGUUUUCUUAAAGUUUACAUCAGAGAGAUCAUUUUUACAACGUUUUUUAUCGACUGUCUUCUGGAGCAACUUUGCUUUCAACAGCACAAUUAGAACUCAGCUCCAGGUUUUCAUGCAGAAACGGUUGGUUUUUAUCACCGUUCACAGCGUUGCUACGAUAAACAGUCGUUUUCUUUUUUUUUUUUUAAGUCAAGAAGGUACAAAAAAUGCAAUUACUGCAGCUAUGCAAUGCAAUGCUCAGAGUACAAAUAAAAGCUUAAAAGUUAGUCUCCCUUUUACCUCUGCUGAUCCUUUUCACAUACUCUAUUAUAGAACAAACCUUCAAGAAUUCCCAUAAACCAUAUUUUUUUAAUAGAUAUGCCAGUUAGAUCAGAAAAGUUGACAUUAAACUGGGGUAAAUAAAAAACAGAUUUGGAUUUAAUCAACAGCAACUGUGUGGUUUAUUUGCAAUCUCAAAUCCAAAAUAUGAUUUACAGUUUGGAGGUUAGCGUGAAACAUGUGACUUGGUUUUUGUUCUCUUGCUGACCCGGAGCGUCUCUGCUGCCAAACAACAACCCGGCAGGGAGGUUUAGCAUAUCAAUGUCGCAAUGAAGCCGAGGCUUCCAACAAGAUCAGACGCCUCCCUGUCCUUGGUGUGGCAUGCUGCAGACAGCGAUGCAUUUCUUUCAUUAGACUUGACCUCUGAUGUGACAGAGGAAAACAGCGCAGGAAGAGUCAGAUCCUGACUGAAAGCGUUUCACUGCUGAGCCUCUGCUCAAACUUCUGUUAUCACCAGAAGAAUGUCAAAGUUUGUAUUUGUUCUUUUUAGAUGAUUCUGAUUUGGAGUAACGUGUCUGCUUGCUGGUGGCUUUCAGCGAAGGGCUGUUUAAACCAAAAAGUUUGACUUGCUGACAUACUCGCUUUAUUUUUUUGCUUAAAACUGUUUUUAACCAAAAGCAUUUGAAAAAAAAUCUGGGUUUGCAGAACCUUGUCAGCGUGAGGUCACACCGUCUCUGUUGUCUUAAUUGUCAAUGUGCUGAUAUCAUCAGCUCAUUAUGCUCUCAGACACUCAGUUAAGUUUCCUUCAUGAAAAGUAAACUUGCAUAUUGAAUUCAGGGCUGCAUGCAAUGGCACAGGCCGCUGAGAAACUGAGCACAGGGUGUGUGAAACCUGCAUGUCUAUUACGUCAUAGCUCUAUAGAAUUUAAUGGGAAAGAAUGACUCUGUUCUGUGUCAAACUGCAGUAGUUGCAAGAGUGGCUGAAAUGCUUUAUGCUGUUGCGUGUAACUGUGUUGCUUACCAACUGCAAAAGACUUCUGCUUGAGGCUUCACAGUUGAGAGGAAACUUGGUUGGAAAAAACCCAGACUAGUGUACAGGAUGUUAGUUUGUGCGCUUCUGACAGGUUCUCCUUGUUAAGUAGAGAAA